GGCAUUGUCAACACGUGCGUGAAAAAUGGCCACCAUGCAGACGAUGAAGGGUGCUUCCCGCGCAGCGGUGCGGCCAUCGCGCUCGGCGGUGCGGGUCUUCGCUCAGCAGCGGACUCAGGCCAAGAUCGCUGCGCCCAAGACUCUGUCGGUCGGUCUGCUUGCAAGCAGCGUGCUGCUGCAGGCGUCCGCUGCCCGCGCCGCCGAGGCUGAUCAGCUGGACUCGACUGUGGACACCGUCAUCGGUGCCGUCAAGGCCACCGGUGAGGUCGUGAAGGCUGGUCUCACCACCCUGCAGUCCGGCGUGCAAGUGAUCAAGGAGGGCUACGAGGUCGCCGCCCCCUACGCCAAGCAGGCGGUGGACACGGUGGCCCCCGUGGUGGUGGACGCGGCCAAGAAGACGGUGGAGCUGACGCAGCCCGCGCUGGAGGCGGCGGCGCCCGCCAUCUCGAACACCGUCACCGACGUGCUGCAGAGCACCGGGCUGGACCUCUCCGCCGUCUCCCGCACUGCCGGCUCCGUCACGCAGGCCGCCGGCUCCGCGGUGUCCGCCGCCAGCCCACUGCUGCGCCGCGGGCUGGAGUUCCUGGCCGCCUCCGACCCCGUCACGCUGGGCGAGUACGCGCUGGGCGCGGUGGCGCUGUACUUCAUCACACCCGCCCUGUUCGGAGCGAUGCGCGGCUACGCGGGUGAGCUGACCGCCGCUGUGGCACUAGACACGGUGGUGAACGACGCCUCCUCGGUGCUCAUCGACAUCCGCCCCGCCCGCGAGAAGGAGGCCAGCGGAGUGCCGGAUGUGCCCGGGGCCGCCGCCAACAAGGUCCUGGAGGUGGAGUUUGCCGCGCUGGAGGACAAGAAGCUGCGCUCGCAGCUGAAGGACCCCGGCUACAUCGAGUCGCAGACCACCGCGCUCCAGAUCGCCGCGCUGCGCCGCAUCAACACCGCCUCCAAGAUCAUCCUGCUGGACCGCUACGGACCCAACGCGGAGGCGGUGGCGCGGGAGCUAGCCAAGAAGGGCUACGGCCGGGUGUUUGUGGUGUCGGGCGGCUUCGACGGCCGCGCGGGCUGGAUCCAGUCCAAGCUGCAGAUCAAGCCCUUCACCGCCACCAGCCUCACCUUUGCCGCGCCCUCGUUCGGCCGCUCCGGCAGCACCACCUCCACCCGCCGCCUGCCCGCCCCGCGCGCUUAAGAGAGAGGAGUUCAAAGAGGGAGAAGGAUGACGAUGGAAGAGGUGGAGUGCAUGGGGAGCAGCAUGGCAGCAGGGUCAGGCAGGGGGUUUCGCCUUUCACCGCUGUGCAAACCGCCUAGCAGCAUGAAUAGGGGGGCGGCGGUUGUGGCCUUGCCGCUGUCGCGGUGUUCCUGCUGUGGCUGCUGCAGAGAAGCAGAUGACCGAGCUGCCGCUUGCAGGAAGGCGAGCGAGGGGCGAGUAUAUGUUGAGGGGACGAGCUGGAGGGUUGAUGCAGGUGGGGGUUCGCACCCCGAGCCGCCGUUGGAACGCGGUCACGCGUGCAAACGCGGCUGUGAGCCUGAUGUAGCCAUGAGCAAGUGAAGAGGAGUUGCACGAGAUGAGAGCCAGUUUUGGGGCACUAUCACCGUUGGGGUCUGCGAGCGGUUUUCAAUUUACGAAUGGGAAGCCGCGCCGUUAGGUGGUUGGCGAAGCUAUGUCCACACGAGGAUGCAUGGCUGAGACCUGGACCGUUGCAAGUUAGGGAGAGGAGGGGCUGGUUGUGCGGAGGCCCCGAGUAGAGCGCAGUUUCGGCGCUUAUGUACAGGUUGGCAUUU